GUUUUGAAAUCGAGCCGCCGGAGCCUCACGAGCUGCUGCCCGCGCCGAGGCCCGCAACCCUCCGACGUCCCGAGGACCCCCGGACGCCUCGUCUGCGGCCCCGCGGGCCUGAGGCCGCAGGCGCGCCAUGUCCACCCCUCCGCUGGCCGCGUCCGGGAUGGCGCCUGGGCCCUUCGCGGGGCCCCAGGCUCAGCAGGCCGCCCGAGAGGUGAACACGGCCUCGCUCUGCCGCAUCGGGCAGGAGACGGUGCAGGACAUCGUGUACCGCACCAUGGAGAUCUUCCAGCUGCUGAGGAACAUGCAGCUCCCAAAUGGUGUCACGUACCACAUUGGAACAUACCAGGAUCGGCUAGCAAAGCUCCAGGAUCAUCUGCGCCAGCUUUCUAUUCUCUUCCGGAAGCUGAGGCUGGUCUAUGACAAAUGCAAUGAAAACUGUGGAGGGAUGGAUCCUAUUCCAGUAGAGCAGCUUAUUCCGUAUGUGGAGGAAGAUGGCUCGAGGACAGACGAGCGGGCUGGCCCCCCGCGGUUUGCGGGAGAAGAGAGGCGGGAGAUUGCGGACGUGAACAAAAAACUCAAACAGAAGAAUCAACAGCUGAAGCAAAUUAUGGAUCAGUUACGAAACCUCAUCUGGGACAUAAAUGCCAUGUUGGCAAUGAGGAACUGACCUGAAGCUUACAUUUCCCGUUCACACUUCCUUACACCAUUUCCCCCCAAGUGUUUUUUCCCUUUGAGGAAGAUUAUUUAUCUGUUUGUAUUCCAGUCACUGGAAUUAAAGUCCCUGUUUUUACAUUGUGGUUUUACAUUAAAGUAUUCAUCGGCAGUCCUUUUUUUAAGCUAUUGAUUCUGUGAAAGAUUAUUAUAAUAAACUUUGACAGGGUUUGUGUUUUGGUUAAUCUUCGUGAAUAAUUGUUUUUUAAAAGCAAAAUAAGUUUUGUAAAUAAAUUUUUAAAUUUGA